UUGGCUUCUUUGAUACUUCAACUCACUCUUUUUUCCUUCACUAUAUAAAGAAAUUAUUGAGAGCACAUAAUAAUUAUUGGCGUCUGAAAUCCGACCGAUGGCCGUGCCGCCGUGUUCCACCGCCGCCGCCGCCGCGAGCCUGUCGGAAUCGAGCUCGUCGGAGGAGGCGAAUAAGGAGAAUAAAUGUCUGAAGAAGAGAGAGGCGAAUAAACACCCGAUCUACCGAGGCGUACGGAUGCGGAGUUGGGGAAAAUGGGUGUCGGAAAUCCGGCAGCCGCGGAAGAAGUCGCGCAUUUGGCUGGGGACCUAUUCCACGGCGGAGAUGGCGGCGCGUGCUCACGACGUGGCGGCGCUUUGCAUUAAGGGCGACUCGGCGAUCCUCAAUUUCCCUCGACUCACUGAGUUGCUGCCGCGCCCGGACUCGCUCUCGCCGAGAGACGUGCAGGCGGCGGCGGCGAAAGCCGCCGCCAUGGAGGAUCUCGGCUCUCUCGGCGGCGCCGCCGGAGAUACCGGCGGCGCGUCGUCGUCGAGUUGUGAGUCGAACGGCGAGUCGGACGAGUUGGCUCAGAUCAUUGAGCUGCCGAGUUUGGAAGGGAGCUACGAGCCGACCGAGUCGGGGAAAGAAUUGUCUGUGGUCGACUCCACAGAGGGGUGGCUGCACCCGCCGUCGUGGGCGUUGGAUAAGGACUUCUGCGAGUGUUUUUUGGAUCAGAUGGCAUCGGACGGUCACGAUUUCAUCACGUGCAGCUUUGAGACGGUGGGGUGGACUUCUUGAGGUGUGCCUUGCGCUUUUCUAGUUGUACUUUUCGUUUUCACGGACAAUCACUGAUGUAUAUAUUACCUUGCUUUUUCUUUUUUGUUUUUUUUUUAUCCCCUUCUGUCAGCACGAAUGUAAUAUACAAACAUAUAAAAAAUAUAUAUACAUAUAUAUAUAUAUAUUGAGAUUAUUAUAUAAACAAUUAUUUAUAAAAAAGCGUAGUUUUUGAACCU